AAACCACGCUUUUAGUGAAGGAAUUGGAGAAACGCGCCUCCCGCUCAGCUAUUGUUUCAACUUUCAAUUUUUUGGAACCCUAGCUACGCAGUAGCGAAGCAGACCCGAGAUUCGGGCAGCCAUGAAGCUCGUAAGAUUCUUGAUGAAAUUGAACAACGAGACGGUUUCAAUCGAACUAAAGAAUGGAACUGUCGUACACGGAACGAUCAUUGGUGUUGAUGUCAGCAUGAACACACACUUGAAGACUGUGAAAUUGACACCAAAGGGAAAGAAUCCUAUUGCUCUGGAUCAUCUCAGUGUUAGGGGUAACAACAUUCGAUACUAUAUUCUUCCUGACAGCUUAAAUCUUGAAACUUUACUUGUUGAAGAGACUCCAAGGGUUAAGCCCAAGAAGCCAACUGCAGGGAAGCCUUUGGGUCGUGGUCGUGGCAGGGGGCGUGGUAGAGGCCGUGGGCGUGGCCGUUAGGCUUUUUUGGCUAUUUAUUAAUCUGAAACUUGCGGAAUCUAGCUGCAUAUUGUAAGGCUUUCUGUUUAAUGUCCGGUAUGUGAGAGAUGAGUAUUGUUGGCACUUUGUAUGACAUUUUCAGUGGUAUAUCCUUGCUGAUUCGAGUUUCUCAUCAUAAAUGUUUUUAUUUCUGGAUUGCUUUGUGCAGAGAGAGACUCUUUAACCAUUAGUUUUGUUUUUUUUAAUGCAGUGUAUCUCUUCUUGACCUAUUUUGAUUGAUAAACAAUACUAUGAAUUUAAAGCAUAA